GUUGUCGGCACUGUGGGUGACGGAGUGGGGGGGUGCUAUGCGUCACGCAACAGGAGAUUGACGGAUCGAUUUCGGGGUAGCCCCCAACGGGAAGUUGCGAAGCGCCGGGCGCGUGUCCCGCUCUUCCGGCAUCCCCGCAGCGGAAGCACCCCCCUCCCCCCUUCUCGGGGUGCCCAGGGCUUUCCCCGGAAUGCCCGGGUCCAAUCCGAUACCGAGAUUCCUCCGGGCUUCGUUUUAAGGUCGACCGCGUGUCUUUAUCGCGACGCGGUUUGGGCAACGGCGAUUGAUUGCGGCGGCGGCGCUAUCGGGUCGGGGGAACGACGUGGCGGGGACCGGUGCCGGGCACGGAACUCCGGGAGCAUGCCAGUUUUUGUUCCCUUUGUUGCGAGGGGGACCUGCCCCUUGGAGGAGACCCUCGUGCCCACGUUUCUCCUGGCAACCCCUGUUUCUCCAUACCUCGAGUGUCACUAAAUUAUUUAGUGACUCUACUCGACACUGUGCUCGACUAGGGGAGGUACUAAUUAGUUGGACACGUCCUCUGAAGCCGACUCGGACAAGCACCGUGCUUCCCAGUUCUCUUUGGCGGCGUCCUGCCAGUGAACGCGGUGGGUGGGGAUGGUUCUGGCUGUGCACAGAAGCUUCGGAUGAUUAGAGCGGACGAGGUCACGUUGCAGACUCGGCACGAGUGCCCGUUUGAGGCACCGUCGCGGGAGGAGGCCAUGGCAGACACGCGCAAGCUGGGCAGCCUGCUGCACGAGAUGCACCGAGACCUGAAGUGCCGCCAGGGCUGCCCCUUCUACGGGAACCCUGAGUGGGACGGCUACUGCUCCAAGUGCUACAAGGAGCUCAGGGCCGCGCAGAGCGCCCUCGCGCCGCAAGCGCCGGCCAGCCCCAGGGGCGCCCCCUCAACUCGCAGGCUGUCACGCAGCGCCAGCGAAUCUCCCGAGGCCACCGGCGGGUCGCAGUCGGGGCUCGCCGAGCUGGCGCCUUUCUCCAGGUUUGCGGAGAAGAAGCGCCAGCAUGCGGAGAAGAGGACCAAGACUCUGCGCAACAUCAUGCGCAGGGCCAACACAGUGAAAGAGUCGCCCAGUACCCGGGAUGUGCAGCUGAGUAGCCUUGAGAGCAAUCCGGCGGCCAAGGAACUCAGGGACUUCCUGCACGGUCUCAAGGACUCGGCCGCCUCGGACGUCGUCAAGCAGAUCAGGGCGGCCGUGGACCGGAUCCACAAGAUGUCCCGGGACCGGACAAUAGACGAGCUGUCGGAGCUGGUGCAGGACUUCUACCAGAACAUGCAGGAGCGCUUUGAGAAGCACACUCACUACCAGGGGCUGGAGGGGGACCAGGUGGAGGUGCUGCUGGACCUGAUGGAAAACUACCUGAUGAGCCUGACCUACAAGACGGUCUUCGAGUUUAUCUCGACAGCCGACGAGGACAAGGACCUGGCCAUCCAGAAGCGCAUCCGCUCCCUCAGCUGGGUGGCCGCCCAGCACCUCGAGCUGGAGCUGGACGACCGCCAGCCCCCCGUCAGGGACAUCAUGGACCACGCCAUCACCGACAUGAUAGAGAUGGACUCUAAGCACAGCCCGAGGGAGAAGCUCGAGUGCGUGGUGCGGUGCAGCAAGCAGCUGUUCGAGGCCCUGCGGAUGGGGCCCCAGGGCCCACAGCCAGCCUCGGCCGACGAGUUCCUGCCGGCCAUGGUGUAUGUGGUGCUCAGGGCCAACCCGCCCCUGCUCCACUCCAACAUAAAGUAUGUCACCCGCUUCAGCGCCCCGAGCCGGCUCAUGAGCGGCGAGGCCGGCUACUACUUCACCAACCUGUGCUGCGCGGUGUCGUUCAUUGAGAACCUGACGGCGGACUCCCUGAACAUCCCGGCAGAGGAGUUUGAGCGCUAUGUGACGGGGGAGGCGGUGCCCCCCGGGGGAUACGAUCAGGGGGCCAGCGAGGGCCUGCGCGUCAUGUACUCGAACCUGGCCCUGCUCUCGGACCUCAGGCAGCGCCAGGAGCGCCUGGCUGCCAGCGCCAAGACCCUGCGCCACGAGAUACUCGGAUUUCAGGAGGCGGUCUCUCGGGAAGUGGAGGGCGUCGUAGCGCGCACCCCGCUGGAGCUGCGUCCUUACAAGAUCCCCGCCGACCUGGACGUGCGGUUCGUGCCGGCGUUCCUGCGCGACGCCACGAUGCGCGAGCUUGGCACCGACGGCCCACUGCUACAGCUGGAAAGCGAGGAGGACGCACCGAGGGACGCCGCCCCCGGCCGGGCCUUCGCGUGUCCCCCCGGGUGUCCCCCCGGAGAGGACAUGGAGACCACGGAUCCCUUGUCCCCGGACGUGGAGGCUUCCCUACCGCGCCCGCUCCAGCCGACCGUUGUGGCUUCGAUUGCCGCCGUCACGGAGACUACGACGGCGGAACUCGCAGCUACCGAGGCGGAGGCUAGGCUGCUUCCCACCCCCCCUACGGCGGGACCCAUGGUGGAAUGUGUGGACAGACAUUCCGAGGAAUGUGCAGACGGACACAUUGAGGAGUGCAUGACGGGACAUUUGGUGCAGCAAGCCUCAGAAUCGGCAGAGUGUGCCGUGCAGUCGUCGGAGCGAGACUCCACGGAAACGCCCAUGGUGACGAUCGCCACACGUCCUGCCGCCGCAAGCAUCGAGCAGCACGAACCUUUCCCAUGCAACUCGGAGGUGGACCUUGUCACCACGCUGUCGCAAUCGUUGAAUUCCGUAGGAGACAGAAGAAAAUUGUGAAUGCUCUAUCACAAACUGUACAUUUUAUUUUAACAUGCGAUAUUGCAUUGUGCCGUGUGUGCGUGUCUUGAGCCUACCGAACUCCAUUUUACUCUCGAACAAGUGCCAUUGUAGCCGUCACGAGGCACGCUUGUUUAGAACUUAGUAAAAAGGCCAGAAAACAACCUUGUGUAAAUAAAUGACUUGCUGCUUUGUCAGCAUGGAUGUA